CUGACUCUCGGCUUCAGUUCUAACCUCUCUCUCUAUCCCCCCCCCCCCAACCCACCUCUUUUAUCCAUUCCCUCCUUCCCUCGCACCCCCUCCCCACCCUGGUUCCGGCUCUUCCUCGGCGAUCAUUUCCUAGGCUUCUGUCUAUAGUUUGGCUCAUCCCCUUUCAUCCUUUCCCUCUGCACACUUUCUCCUCGCCUUUCCCCCCAUUAUUUCUCAGGGGCGUUGAGGGGUCGCCCUCCGUUCUGACCGCCCAUACCCGGUCGGUAAAUCGGUGGCGUCUACCGAGCCCUUACGGCGAGCGGAGUCCAGGACGGAGCACUUGGGAGAUGACGGUAUCACGGAGUUGGCGGGCACGUUCCCCGCCUGCGCUCCAGGAGGGCGUUGCCCUUCCCCGGGAGACGAGACGAUGGCCGCCGCGCUCGAGGAAGCCGGGACUCAGGGAGCGGUGACGUUGGAGGACGUGACCGUGAUCUUCACCCCCGAGGAGUGGCGGCUUCUGGCCCCGAGUCAGCGCGACCUGUACCGCGAAGUGAUGCUCGAAAACUACGUGAACUUCACCUCGCUCGAUUUUAGGACCGCGGGCAAGUUUAAGGAGCCAGCUUCCCCGAAGCAGGAAGUCGCCGGAGAAGCGGAUCUACACAGGGCCCUCUCGGGGAGCCUCCGGCAGCACGUUGCGGCGGCUCGCGCGGACGGACGCACCCGGGAAAAGGAGGGCGGAUCCGAAAGGCCGGGCCGAUGUCCCGGCGGCGGCGGCGGCGGGAGGGCAAGGAAGGUCCCCCGCCGGGACAGAGGGUCGAGGAGCGUCGGCGAGGUCCACGAGAAGUCCCCCGAAGGGAAGACGGCCCGUGAACGUAACCCGUGCGGAAAAGCCUUCGGUCCCCCCCCAGCCUUCGCCUGCCGGGAGAGGAUCCGAUGUCGCGAAUACGGGAAAGCCUGCUACGACCGCUCCCACGUCGUCAUACUCCAGAGAGCUCACUGCGAAGCGAAACCCUACCGAUGCGGCGAAUGCGGGAGAGCCUUCCGUCGCCGCUCGGACCUCACAAAGCAUCAGAGGACUCACACGAGAAGCAGACCCUAUCGAUGUGACGAAUGUGGGAAGUGCUUCCUUUGGCGCUCACACCUGAUCACACACCACAGGAUUCACACGGGAGAGAAACCGUUCAACUGCGCCCAGUGCGGAAAGGCCUUCCGGCGUCACUCGUACCUCGUUCACCACCAGAGGAUUCACACCGGAGAGAAGCCCUACGAGUGUAACGAAUGCGGAAAGGCCUACAGUCAGCACUCCAACCUUAUCAGGCACCAGGUGGUUCAUUCGGGCAAGAAGCCUUUCGAGUGUAACGAGUGCGGGAAGGCCUUCAGUUAUCGGUCCCUCCUCAUCAAACAUCAGAGAAUCCACCUCGGCGAGAAACCCUACAAGUGCGACGAGUGCGGAAAGGUCAUCAGCUGCCGCUCGGCUUUCUUGUACCACCAGAAGACUCACACGGGAGAGAAACCCUACAAAUGUGACGAGUGCGGGAAGGCCUACAUUCAGCGCUCGUGCCUCAGCAGACAUCAGGCGAUGCACGCCGGCGAGAAACCCUACAAGUGUGACGAGUGCGGGAAGUCCUACGGUCAUUACCUGAACCUCACUAUCCAUCAGAGGAGCCACACCGGAGAGAAGCCCUACAAAUGCGACCAGUGCGGGAAGCGCUUCGGGUCCCACUCGGGCCUGAUCAACCACCGGAAGAUUCACACCGGCGCCAAGCCCUACGUCUGCAGCGAAUGCGGGAAGGCCUUCAGUCGGCAGGCGCACCUGGUCUGCCACGAGCGGAUUCACACCGGCGAGAGGCCCUACCGCUGCGGCGAAUGCGACAAGGCCUUCAGUCGCCACUCGAGCCUCAUCACGCAUCGGAGGACUCACACGGGAGAGAGACCCUACAAAUGCGAGGAGUGCGGCAAGGCCUUCAGUCGCGACUCCAACCUCGUCACGCAUCAGAGGAUUCACACCGGAGAGAAACCCUACCGGUGUACCGAGUGCGGAAGAGCCUUCAGCUGCCACUCACACGUGACCGUGCAUCAGAGGACUCACACCGGGGAGAAACCCUACAAAUGCAACCAGUGCGGAAGAGCCUUCAGUUGCCGCCCGAGCCUCUCCAAGCACCUCCGGGUUCACGGUGGAGAAAAACCCGACCCUUAAACGGCGCCGGGGCGUAGGCCGGGCGGGAGGGAGAGGGUCCCGGGUUCCCCCCCCCCC